AUGGACUGUUAUGUGGCGCCUCUUCGCAUUGUCAAAAGAACGACGUCGUCUAGCGAAAUGCUGAAAGAGCCAAAAGCUGAAGAAUCUUCCCCAGUACCCAUUCCCAGGAGAAGCUCUUCCAUCUCGUCAGACGCCUGGUUUACAUCAGUAUCAACGCCAACAGGGUCUUUCCUCGAUAUAUCAUUGACUCCACCUCUAGAUGCUAGACAUAAUUCCUUGGAAGUGCCAAAGGUGCGGCAGGGUGCUGAUAAGUCUUGCUUGUGGCCAAGAAAGAAGAAUGCUUCCCAGAGACAACCGGACCAGUCUGCACGAACAAGCUUUGAGGGAGCACCAGAUCUCACAGACCCAUGCCUAGAGAGCAAAUCCCACGACGAUGCCCAGGUGACUAACUGCACACCUAGCCAAAGAGCAUCACACAAACUCUUUCACUUCCUUCACACAUUUGACAAAAGAUUCUCUAGCCUUCCAAGCCAUGGUCUAUCAAAGCGCACCUUAACCCAUUCACAUCCUAUCUAUCCUGUGAAUAGAAACAACCAGUUUCUAGGAUCAGAUUUCACAAUGCAGAACUGCCCAGCUCCAGUUACCAUCCUGAAGAUGGAUUUGCAGCCAGAGAGAUUUGUCCACAACCCCAAGGACACCGAGUUUUAUGUUCGCAUCACCAUUUCAGCAGAUGUCGACUCUGAAAGCGAACCCUCUACUCGGUUCAACAAUUACACCGACAAUGUUGUCCUGUUGAACAUCAGGUCCAAAAGUGAAAUGGAAAAAGUUGUUGGCAUGGCGCAGAUAGUCAUCGAUACCCUCAAGCCCGGAGAUUCGCUUGCGAUUGCCUGCGUCAACACAGAAAGAAACGGUCGCGUCGAUGUUCUCAUGCCGUUAUGUCAAGGCCCAAACGUUGAUCUUAGACGUUUGGCAGCAGGGCAAAGUUCUCUUGGAAGACCACUGUGGAAGGGUGCUUACGAUGGGGACAUCAUCAGUAAUGCCAUUUACAGUGUCUCGGAGAUUCUCACCUGCGUGACUCGUGUGAGACACGUCUUCUUGGUGUCGGUCGAUUGUGACAGCGCUGUCAACAUUACUGGAAAUCCUAUUGUGGGCUUAUCCACUGUUACCACGAGCGAUCGUCAUGAUAUUGGAUUCAGUGCACGCCUCGGCUGGCAUAUUCGUUGCGAAAUGACGAUCAACAAUACCAUUGAUACUACUUCUCUCAGAGCUAGGGCCGAUAAAAGUAUCCAGCUCAUUCGUUCGGGCCUUGCACCAGGAAGCCUAAGCCAACUUCAACUGAAAUUACUUCCUGGCGCCGGCUGCACCAUCCAGAGCCAUGGAAAGACAACAAUGGAUUCACUGCGCCCUGGAGAAUCAUGGUACUUAUUCGCAAGAGUGAAAGCCUUGAAGGAAGCCCGAAUUGACAGGCUGGAAGAGGGUAUAAAAUCAUUACUCCGUUGCAGCGACAUCGAUGAAGAUCAGGAUGGGGCUGUUCUUGUAGCGAAGCUGGGCUUCAAACACUCCCUUUUACCCUCUUGCUCGUCGGUUCUCAGCAAAUCCUGCCACAUUUCGGAGAAAUGA